GGCUUUACAAUCAGGGCAGAUUAUAAGAUUACAGCAAUGAUAUUUAUCAAUAUUUGUGGUUUGAUUAUGUAUUAAUGUUGAAUUCUGAUGGGUUACUUGAGCUUUUAGAUAUUUGAUAAAGAUUCUAACCCCAAAUUUAAGUCUAUCUAGGACUACAAGCAGAUGUGGUUUUCAAAUUUCAACCUAGCAAUCAAACCCAGGUAAGACAACAAUAAUUUGUCAAAGGAAAAAAAAUGGACAGAAAGGAGAAAGAGACAAAAAGCAUGGCUAAUUAACUUAGCCCCUGUCUCUGUUAAACAUCAAAAUGCCAAAUAUAACCUUGUUAGUGGAAGAAAAUCACAACUGAAUAAAAAGAAAAAUGCACUUGCGAGCAAAACUCUUUCCCAAACUUGCCAGUUAAAACUUGUUAACAGUAAUACUGCUUUACUGCUUAAACUUUGUCAUCUGUCUGGGGAUUCCACUUCUCUUGAAGGUUACAUGGCUGCAGAACCUGUUAAUGUGAAUGAGUUUCAAGUUCUGGCUAAGCAAGCCCUCCCAAAAAUGUACUAUGAUUUCUACAGUGGAGGAGCAGAAGAUCAAAAUACACUAAGAGAGAAUGUAGAAGCAUUUCAAAGAAUUACGUUUCGGCCUAGAGUUCUUGUGGAUGUUAGUAGAAUAGAAAUAUCUACUAAUAUAUUGGGCUGCGCCAUCUCUGCGCCUAUUAUGAUAGCACCAACUGCUAUGCACAAGCUAGCACAUCCAGAAGAUCUUUAACUCUAAGCUAUGAAUUCUUAAUUGUAUACCUUUUCUUUUCUGAUUUCAUCAGCUCUUUUUCUUUCCCCAGGAGAAAUUGCUACUGCUAGAGCAGCUGCAGCAUCCAACACCGUAAUGGUUUUUUCCUUCUCUGCUACCUGCAGUUUGGAGGAGGUUGCUGCUAGCUGCAAUGGUGUUCGUUUCUUUCAGUUAUAUGUGUAUAAAAGACGCGAUAUUGCUGCUACCUUAGUGCAGAGAGCUGAAAAGAAUGGUUACAAGGCUAUUGUACUAACAGUUGAUACUCCAAGAUACGGUCGAGGAGAAGCAGACAUAAAGAAUAAACUGAUAGUACCUCAGCUGAAAAAUUUGGAGGGUCUCUUAACAACUGCAGUUGCAUCUGAAAACGGUUCAGGCUUAGAAGCUUUCAAUAAAACACUCGAUGCUUCUUUCUGUUGGAAGGUGUGGACCAACAAACAACUCCUUGCUUCAGGCUGCAUUUUAACUUGCUGUUUAGAAUCAUUAUUUUUGGAUGUAGAAUGGUUAAAAUCUAUUACAGACUUGCCAAUUCUGAUCAAGGGAGUACUUACUGGUGAAGAUGCUGUGAAGGCUGUGGAAAUAGGCGUUUCAGGAAUUAUUGUCUCCAAUCAUGGAGCUCGCCAGCUAGAUUACACUCCUGCCACUAUUUCUGCUCUGGAAGAGGUUGUUCAUGCUAUUGGAGGAAGAGUUCCAGUUCUCCUUGAUGGAGGAAUACGGUGAGGAACUGAUGUUUUUAAGGCAUUGGCACUUGGUGCACAAGCAGUCCUUGUUGGAAGGCCUGUUAUCUAUGGUUUGGCAGUGCAAGGAGAACACGGAGUGAGACAGGUAAUGAAAAUGCUCAAGGAUGAACUUGAGCUCACCAUGGCCCUGUCUGCCUGUCCUAGUCUGAAAGAUAUUACGAGGAGUCAUGUGAGGACAGAGCGCGACAGACUCCAAUCUAUGCUCUAAUGCUGUCACAAUCCCUAGAAAAAGUUUUAUGCAUUCAACAAGGACUUGCAAAUAUUUAUUUUCAUGGCUUGAAUCACCCCUCUAUCAAAUAUUAGUAAAAAUAUUGGUUGGAUUAUUUUCAUUUGGGUUGCAAUCAUCGUAAUGGAAAUUUCAGUUUUUGGUAACAGAAAAAAAAGACAUGUUGCUUUUUGGUCCUGAACUUUGAUGUUUAACUGCAGAAAUGAGGAACUACAUUUUUCUCAUUCUUUCUCUUCCUUACUCAACUUUCCCUCACUUUCUUCCACUUUCCAUUCUUCCUUUGGUUGCCAAACAAGCCCAGAUAUCAGGAUAAAUACUGCUAGACCAGACAGAACACGGGAAGGCUUACAGUAAACUUUCAUAGCCAUCACUCCUUCAG